CCCAUGUUCAUUAUUUUACAUUGUGUCGUAUGAAAUGCCCCCUUUUUCGCGUCCUCUAGAUGCUGCUCCGUUGAAUCAUGCCCAAUCCGAGGCAAAGCGAAGGCGGCUGCGGAAGGGCACGCACAGCUGCUGGGAAUGCAAGCGGCGGAAGAUGAAGUGUAUAUUCGACGCGCCCACUGAUGCAAACAUCUGCCACGGCUGUAAACGACGAGGUUCACAAUGCAUCAGCCAAGAGUUUCCCGAGGAGGCCUCAGCGAAUGCCCGUACAAGGGUCGAGACUCCAAGCACUAACAGCGAUGGCAGCAUUCAUGACAGAAGAAGACCGACGACGCCCAUUGAAUAUAGUGCAACCGCAGGCCACUGUAUUUCUACUCCUGUGUCUAUCAUCUCGGAACCACCACGGUAUCUAGCCUUCCACGAAUAUACCGAGCAUCAUACCGUCAAUAAUGGCGCUCUUCCAACCUCACAAGACAAGUUUGAGAAAUUAUCACGGUUUUUAUAUGGAUCACUACCUUCGCGAGAAGACAUAAGAAGAAUAUGCUCAGCCAGUCGCCACCCAGCUGUCCUCGCUCAUGAAGUAAUGACAACGCCCUACAGUACUCUCCAUAAGAAAGGACUUGCGACGCCUGAGACGUUACUAGAUAUACCUGAGCCGAGCGCGCAUCCUGUUUUGAUAGCGAGAUAUAUGCUCCUGCUUGCCACAUUACUACAGCAUCUUCACCCUGAUUACCACGAGGGGGUAAAAACCUUGUCGGAAUCGCCACGAGCAAUCAUGGACCGACUGGCAGAUCUUGCCACCAGUCUUGUCACGACGAAUGACGAACUUCUUGGCAGCAUUGAAGGCCUGGAGUGCGUGAUAAUUGAAAGCGGGUAUCAGGCGAAUAUUGGGAACCUCCGACGGAGCUGGGUAUCAUCGCGGAGGGCUAUGAAUAUUGCACAGCUAAUGGGUCUCGAUAUACCCAACAAUCAAGCACAGUACAAGGUCCUUGACCCCAAGACGAAACAUGACCCGCGACAUAUGUGGUUCCGAAUCGUUUAUUUGGACCGCUAUCUCUGCCUCAUGCUAGGCGUAUCUCAAGGCAGUACAGAUCGUAGUAUGGCAAUCGACGCAAUGCUCGCAAACGAUACUGAAAUGGGACGUCUCGAGCGAAUGCACUGCGUUAUCGCCUCCGAGAUCCUCGAGCGCAACAAAGCCUAUCCAAACCUCCGCGACACUGUCCUGACGCGAGCUCUGGACGUGGAGCUGCAAAAAGCAGCCAGCAGCCUGCCCAGCAAAUGGUGGCUAGUACCGGAAUUCAAAAUGUCCUCGACCGAACCACAGGCUAUGUUCUGGAACACCCGCCGCUUGUUUGCACAAGUACAGCACUACAAUCUCCUCAAUCAACUCCAUCUGCCUUAUAUGCUUUGCUCCAAGUCAGCUGAACGCAGCUACGAGUACUCUCGGAUUACCUGCGUGAGCGCCUCGCGGGAGAUACUCUCACGCUUCAUCACACUCCGCAGAUACAACGGCAUCGCUUGGAGUUGUCGUGCCAUAGAUUUCCUUGCCCUCAUGGCUGCCAUGACCUUGUUGUUAGCUCACUUAGACAGCCGCCUCUCAGAGGCAGAAAAUGUCCUCGCUCACCAAUAUCACAGCGACCGCGCUAUGAUUGAGCAGGUACAAGAGAAUAUGGAAGAAGUCAAUCGCCUCAGUGCAGACGCGUUGAGUGCGAAAAGCGCUGACUUACUACGUCGCCUGUUGGCCAUCGAGACCAAAACGUCAGAUUGUCGUUCACCUUGUGCCACAAGGGUAAGUGUGCAGGGAGCGGGGACCGAAACGGUGCUACCGGAUCGAAGUGAUGACGCCGUUGUGAAGGUACAUAUUCCUUACUUUGGCAUCAUCAAGAUUGCUCGUGAGGGUAUGACUCUGGAUGUCCCCAGACCACAAGCAACAUCAACAACAACCAACUACCCAUCUCAGCCGCAAGGAGUGAACGCUUCCACCUCAGUCAGCCUAGAAACCCUCCACUCAAGACCUCAGAUGCAUUCCUCCGAGCUCGCUGGGCCUAGCGUAGUUCCAAACCCCGAGACCAUAACACCACUAAAUGCGAGCUACGGCCACAUCGAAGCACCCCCAAUGAUGUCAGCCAGAAACCACGCGCAUGUAGAAACACUCCCAACCCUGGACACGGGCGCCGACGACGCCAACACACAUUUCACAGCGCAACCGCAAUACAGUCUAUGCGAUCCCCUCCCACAGCCUGGAGAGUACCCCGAACUGGCCGCCGGGACAGACGACUGGGCAUUCCAGGGCGUCGACCUAGCAUUUUUCGAGAGCUUGAUCAGGAGCUCUAGGAACGAGGGAACUGGUGGUACGAACUGGAAUGUUAUCUGAUUCGUUAUAGAUUGGUAGAAGUGCUAUGUGGUAGUAUGGUGAUAAUUUUACGAUCAGCUUGAAGGGCUUAUUCGUUUGAACAUCGUGCAAGUGCAAGGAAGACUAGCAUCGUCACGUUCACAAUGCACACCAAGC